CCAAUCACAUUUCUGUAUCCUCUGCGUCUCCCAGCAUAGGUCACAACCUCUGACCUUUAUUCCUGUCUGCCCGGACGUAGAAGGAUUUCUUGGGAUUUAGCAACUUAAGCAGUGGGUUUGAAGACAACAACAAUCGGUAAGUGUCCAUAGGUGAACCUGGCCAUGGCUUCCCUAGAGGAAGUUCACCGGACCAGCUCUGCAUCAGAAAAUGCAGCGGAAGCUGCCCUCAUCGCGAUGGAAAGUGGCACUGACAACGUCAUCCAUAUUGUCAACUCGGCUGCCUCGUCCUCUACAGCCAUGACACUCCCAACCAUUGCACUGGCCUCGGGCAACCUCACAAUUCCUGUUACUCUCGGACCCCCGGGAGGUUCCAACAUACAAGCUAACGGCACUCAACAGGUCGUAGUGUCCACUAUGGCUCCUGCUGAUCUGGCCGCCAAGUUAAAGGACGGCUCACUUCCCACGCAGGUCGUGCAGGUCCCUGCCGGUUCCCUCACCACAGUUGACUGGGCAGCUAAACUCAAGGAGUUGCAGCAUGCCCAGAGACUGGAACGACUGCGGGAAGAGCAACAAGCUGUCCGGGACAAGCUCACACAGAAACAACAGUUCGAGGCGAAAUACGAGCCGUGUGUUGUUUGUGGCGACCGUGCUUCAGGUCGACACUAUGGUGCAAUCAGCUGUGAGGGGUGCAAGGGGUUCUUCAAGCGGAGCAUCAGGAAGCAGCUGGGGUAUGCGUGUCGAGGAGCUCGAGACUGCCCCGUCACGAAACUCCAUCGUAACCGAUGCCAGUACUGUCGACUACAAAAAUGCCUGGCUGUGGGAAUGAGAUCAGAGUCAUUCGCCGAUAAGUCAGCAGAUUUGCAAGUUCAGGCUCCUCCAUAUAUCGAGGCCGUGCAGCAGGAACGCAAGCCUCCGGACCAGAAGGAUAAAAUACAGACCACUGUUGCUACGUCUACGCAGAGGAUUUACAUCCGGAAGGACUUCAAUAGUCCCUCAGCAGCAAUCCCUACCUUUGCAGCUAAACCUAUACCGACCCCUCAACAAGAUUACUAUGAACUCCAGAGCCCUGAGGAUGGUACGGCCAAGGCGGUCGGAGGGAGCCUACUGGCCAACCUGCAGGAGAGGGUCAUCCAAACUGACCAGGGCAUGGUCAUUCUUAGCUCCCAGAUGCCUUCCACCACUGCAAACACAGAUCUGAGUACACUGGCCAGCGUCGUGACCACCUUGGCCAACAUGGGGAAGAAUGAAGGGGAUCAGAGCCAAGGUGGCGACCCACUCACGCCGUCAAACGGAGAUUCGGAGGUGGACACCAACACAGACUCAGUGGCCAAGGCAUUUGAUACUCUUGCCAAGGCUGUGCAGCCUCAGUCUAAUCAGAGCAGCACGCUGGACCAGUCGGUGUCAGAGACCAGCCUCAAUGAAUCUGGCAUGAGUACGGAGUCAGGAGAUAGCAGCUUCGUCAUCGACAUCGAAGGUCCUAUUCUCUCCGAAUCCAACUUCCAGUUCAACCUGACGACUCCAUCUCCCAUGCCCGCGUACCUGAAUGUCCAUUACAUAUGUGAGAGUGCGUCACGCCUUCUCUUUCUCUCCAUGCACUGGACACGCUCAAUCAACGCCUUUCAGAUUCUCAACCCUGACCUGCAGACAACAAUUGUGCGGUCGUGUUGGAGUGAGCUGUUCUGCCUGGGCCUAGCACAGUGUUCCAACACCAUGUGCCUGUCAACCAUCCUGGCGGCCAUCUUGAACCAUCUCCAGGCCAGCCUGCAGCAAGGUACAAACACUAACACAGAGAAAGCCGACCAAGACAAGGUGAAGGUUGUGAUCGAGCAUAUCAUUCGCCUGCAGGAUUACAUCACUGCCAUGUCCCAGCUCCAGGUCACCUCAGCUGAGUACGCCUAUCUCAAGACUCUGGUCCUCUUCUUCUCAGACAACCCCAACAUCCGGAAUAAGCGUCAGAUCGAGAAGCUCCAGGACAAGACCAGUAAGGAGCUUGUGCAGCAUGUCCAGGCUAUGGGAUCCUCCUCUGAGCGAAUAGCCAAACUGUUGCUGCGUCUUCCCCCACUCAAAACAUUCAGCCCAAACACAAUGGAAGAGCUGUUCUUCUCCGGACUGAUUGGCAGCGUUCAAAUCGACAGCAUAAUUCCCUAUAUUCUGCGGAUGGAGACUGCAGAGUACAACCUACAGAUGACAGGGCAGCUUCUCUCACCCGCCCAGGGACAAGCUACGGAAUACAGCAUUCAUUCUGUCAACGGUCUGCCCGCACAAGGCACCGUCUUGCAAGACUUCAACGCUUCAGUGAUUAACGGGCCAGCUGCCCAGGUCCUGCAGGCACAGACAAUAACCCCGGGGACAAGCGCGUGACAUACACAUGACCUUGACCUCAGUUACUUUGGUCAGGAGUGAUGUUCAUUUUUAAAGUCAGCUGACAUUUUAUUUUCACCAGCAGGUGAUGUGAGCAUGAUCAAUUCUUAAUAUAUAUUUUUUUUGGUUUUUUUUGGAAAGGAGGCGUCCUUGACCUUUGACAGGAUUUGCAACUCCAUUAUAAAGUGCUAUGGAACAGACAAUUAACUGGAUUCUUUCUUGCAACUGACAACAGCAUGAGAGAUGAGGCUGUUCAUUAUUUAAGAUAGCUUGGAUCUAUUAACGUAUACCCUGGUGCUGUGACAUGUUGUAGAAUACUUGAUAUUGCGUUGCCAGUGAGAAUAAGUCAUGCUCUGUUUUUCGUGUGAUCUGGAACACGUUAUCUACUGGUGGUGAAGUUUGACACGAGGGACACCUACAGACGCGCGGAACCUGAUUUUGAUUUUUUGCCUGUGUGAUUAUCUUGAAGAUAAAUAAUCAUUAUCAUCUUCAGUGUGAUUCUUGGUUUCUGUUCCACAAGUUAUCUCAUUACUAAGCUUUUUUGAAUGAUCACAUUGUGAAGAUCCUUUGAAGGGUCAAAGUUCCUAUUGAAAGGGUCGUUAAGAUCUUUUGGAUGGUCUGAGAAGUAAGAUAUAUAAGAUGGCCAUACUUUUAUGAUCUUUUGAAAUGUCAUUGUGCUGAAUUCCUGUUCAGGAUUUGGAAUAUGGUAAAAUCAUUUGAAUUCGAAUUUUAAGAACAAUUUUAUACGGCUUUUGCUAAGAUAUUUUGAAGAGUCAGACUAUAAACACCUCGGGUCUGAGAUUUUCUUUGAUCUCUACUGCCAAGAUUGUUAGUGGAUCAGAAACCAAGUCAAGGGGAGACAACUAGGGACUAAGCAUUUGAGAGGAGACAUGGCUAAGUAUUUAUUUUGAUGGUUAUUGCACUGAAUCAUAUCAAUGUAUUAUAUAUCCACUGGGCGUCUUUGCGGUCAAUUUACUGCAUUAUCCAUGGUUGUGGCCAGGCUUUCAACCCUCUGGCCCCAAACAUGUAUAGAUGAAAAUGUUACUACUUUUGAAAUUGUAGCUGUAUCUCUGUUGACUCUUCGACUAGUGUAAGGACUGAUGGGGUGGUCUAAUGGUUAAGGUUUUCGUAGGUAGGACCUAAGACAUGGGUUCAAUUACCCAUAUGGGUACAGUGUAUUAAGCCUAUUGAUGCACCUGCACCAACUGUAAUUAUGUUGGAAUGUUGCUAACAGCGGAAAACUCUGUUCUCGGUUACUAAUCCAAGCUCCUUCGCAGCGUGUGACACCUUCGUUACCAUUCGGGUAUCAUCGCUGCCACCAGGGUGCAAGUGACCAUUUCAGAAGUUUUGAGCAUGUUCCUCCUAACCCAAAUGUAGUAACAUGUAUUUUUUUGGUAUAUCUUUGGGAAGGUUUUACGACUGACUUACUAUUUCCCUCAUUUUACAUUUGUUGGCUGGUUGGAGAUUGCAAGGGAACAGCGACCUUUCCCCCCUGCAUAUUCACUUAUGCUACUUACUGAAAUGAAAUAGAAAUUCAAAUUGAUAAACAAACAAUAUAUUUCAAGUGGUGAAGAGUAUUCAGUGUCACGACAGUCAUCACCUGUUUGUAAACAUAACAGUCUGGUGGUUGCGAGGUCAGCUCCAUGCAUGGUUGUGGCUGCCUUGCACAGUCGGGAGCUGUGAUGGGUGGCAGCGAUAGUAUAGAAUUUGCGAACAGGCUGUCGCUGUGAGGAGCGAACAGGCAAUCGCUGUGAGGAGCCUGUCAACAAAAUGAUUACUUCAGUUUUUUUACAAUCACAAAAAAAACUCCAGAGGAGAAUUCUUUCAAAAAACAUUUUCCUUUUUUAUUCACAUGCAAAAUAUAUAAUAUAUAUAAUAUGCACUGUCAAACCCUUGGGCUAGGGGGUGAUAAGCACGAGAGGGAGUUGGAUAGGGAGAAAGAGAGAGACAUAGCGAUACAUAUGCAUAAUUAACUGAUACAUGGUUUGCAGUUUACAAGUUAAUGUUUAGGUAUAAAGAUGUUUAGGUAUAAAGAAGUUUAGGUAUAAAGAAGUUUAGGUAUAAAGAAGUUUAGGUCUAACACAUGUCCUAAGAUUAACGACAACAGCCAAAUUAGACAAGGACCCUUAGAUUUCCCUUAAUUCUAACACUGAAUUUAUUUUUCGGUUUAUUUUUGUCAAGAUUCGCCAGUUCAGUUUAUAAUGUGAUUGUAGUGAUAUUUCAAGUGACAUUAUCAUGGUUUCUUGUGUCUUUUUUCAAUAGGGGCCGUGAGUUGUCUUUUCAGAACACUGUAAAUACCUUAUAUGUUGAUGUGUUGAAAGCAAAGACUCUCAAUUUCUUUUGUCUCCAGCUUGAAUAUAAAGGUUGUUUUCUCUGACCAUGACAUGUAAAGCAGAGGCACUUACAUAUUUCCAUAUCAUAAAACUGUAUGACAGGCAGCAGAAAAUCACUUCAUCCGAUAGUUCUCAUUUUUAGACAGACAACCAUUACUCGUUUCACGGGUUGCAGCCAUUGCCCAUAGCAUGAUAUUAUGUGAUAUUUAUUCACAAUAACCUGAAAGCAGGUUUCUAAUUCAGUUUUGAUAUUACACAAUAAUAAAGCUGUUUUUGACACAGGCCAGAAUGUCAAAAAGUAUCAGUCUUAUUCUAGUUAUAGACUGGGGUUCAUAGGUUUAUAUAUAUA